GCUGCAAGCUCUCCAAGCACGGCAACCCUGAGGGGUGCAUCCGCGGCAUCCAGAUCCACCUGGGGUGGUGCCAGCAGGACCUUGGCUGCUGGGGCUGUUGCCACCGCCGCCGUCGUUGGACGCGGGGCCCUGCUCCGCCGUCGCGCAACCGCGGUCAAGAAGAAGGGUGUGCGUGUAGUGGCGCCGUACGAAGGCAGCUGCAUCUCUAAGGAGACCAUCACCAGCAAGACUCCUUUGGUGAACUGGGAGACGUGCCAUGUGAUCAUGGACCACGGGGGCAAGGUGCCCUACAUUGAGGGCCAGUCCAUUGGUGUGAUUGCGCCGGGCCCAGACAAGAAGGGUGAGACCCCCGCAAAGAUCCGCUUGUACUCCAUCGCUUCCUCAGCGCCUGGUGACGAUGAGACCAACAAGACGGUGUCCCUUGUGGUGAAGCGUGUGGUGGAGGUCGCAGGGCGCGGCUGGUGCGAGUACUCGAACGUUGAACAGGGACAGGAUCCUGAAUUCCCGGAUGCCGAGAAGGUCUACCGCGGAGUUUGCUCCAGCCACAUUUGCGACCUCAACGCCGGAGAUGACGUGCUGAUCACCGGGCCAACUGGUGCCGAGAUGCUGUUGCCGGAAGAUCCUGAGGCCAACAUGAUCUUCAUGGCAACGGGCACGGGCAUCGCACCCUUCAGGUCACACCUGCGAAACCUUUUCCACGACAAGGUCUCCAAGGGCAAGUUCAAGGGCUGUGCGUGGCUGUUCUUGGGAGUCCCCUACAGCGAGUCCUUGCUCUACGACGAGGAGUGGAAGGAGAUGCAGGCCGAGUUCCCUGACCAGUUCCGCUACGACUACGCCAUCUCCAGCGAAGAGAAGUCGGAGCGCAACAAGAUCAACGGAGAGAUGUGGGUUCAGCACAAGAUGAUGGAGUAUGAAGAGGACCUGUGGGAGUUGGUCAAGGACCCUAAGACGCACGUGUACAUGUGCGGCCUCAAGGGUAUGGAGAGCGGCUUCGCGGAGUGCUUCCAGGACAAGGUGGAGGCCGAAGGCAUGGUCUACACCGAGUUCCUGAAGGCGAUGAAAAAGCAGAAGCGCUACCACGUUGAGGUCUAUUGA